CAGUUGCACCCAGUUACACCACUGCUGACCACUGCUCUCCUCUCCCUUCCUCUUUCUCAAGCUAUGAAUCCAACUGUCGAUCAACGGCAAGAUCCUAUCAUGUUUGACAUAUGGCUCAAUGUAUUUUACGUCAUUGAAAUUAAGCAUAUAAACCAUGGAACGUAAAAUUUGUCUAAAUAUGAAUUCGUACAAUUUUUCUUAAGGUUGGGCAUAUGAGAUAACAAUUAAAUGAAAUGAAGCUUGUGUCAAAAAAUGUUGAUAAAUUCGGAGAAGGGAGCGUGUCCCUUGUCCCAGAAAAUACAGAAGAUAUGUGGCAUGCAUAUAAUCUUAUUAGCGAAGGAGAUUUUGUCAGCAGCUCUACUAUCAGAAAGGUACAGACAGAAUCUGCAACCGGUAGUUCCAGCAGUUACAGAGUUAGAACUACCUUAACCAUAUGCGUAGAAGGCAUCGAUUUUGAUACUCAAGCAUGUGUUUUAAGACUGAAAGGUAGAAACGUAGAAGAAAACAAAUAUGUGAAGACAGGAGCAUAUCAUACAUUGGAUGUGGAGCAAAAUAGAAAGUUUACAAUCAUUAAAACUAAAUGGGAUUCCAUUUCUUUGGAAAGAGUCGACACUGCAUGCGAUUUAACACAGUACGCAGACGUCGCCGCUGUGGUGAUGCAAGAAGGCAUAGCGCAUAUUUGUUUAAUAACUUCCAACAUGACAAUAGUUCGUGCUAAGAUAGACCAAGUCAUACCUAGGAAAAGGAAAGGCAACGUCUCGCAACAUGAAAAGGGCUUAACAAGAUUUUACGAUAACAUAAUGCAAGGAAUAUUGAGACACAUCAAUUUCGAUAUUGUGAAAUGCGUCAUCCUCGCCAGCCCGGGUUUCGUUAAAGAUCAGUUCAUGGAUUACAUGAUUCAGCAGGCUAUUAAGUUGGACAACAAAAUAAUAUUGGAUAAUAAGGGGAAGUUUUUACUCGUUCAUUCUAGUUCGGGUUUUAAGCACUCGUUAAAAGAGGUGUUGGCUGAGCCUGCAGUGCUCCAAAGAAUAUCGGAAACGAAAGCGUCGGGUGAGGUGAAGGCUCUGCAGACAUUUUAUACGAUAUUACAGAUCGAUCCUCCAAGAGCUUUCUAUGGGAAGAAGCACAUUCAGAAAGCUAACGAAUCUCAAGCUAUUGAGACGUUACUGAUCUCGGAUAAAUUGUUCAGGUGUAAAGAUGUAAACGAGAGAAAAGAAUACGUCGAAAUAGUGGAGAACGUGAGAGAUUCUGGCGGUGAUGUAAAGAUAUUUUCAAGUCUCCACGUUUCAGGAGAACAAUUAGAGCAGCUCACUGGAAUCGCAGCUAUACUACGUUUUCCUAUGCCAGAGUUGGAAGACGAGAGCGACGGCGAAAGUGAUUCGGAGGAAGAUAAUUAAGAAGCUUAGAUUAAUAUGGUAAUACGCAAUUUGUAUAUAUUUGUGCUGUGCGCAAUCAAAAAUAUACAUUAAUAAAAAACAUUGCAAAUCAA